UUUCAUUAAGUAGCUGGUUAUGCUGCCUGAAGGACACUGACACUUCACUUCCAAACUGUCCUGGCUGGACUGAGACAUUGUCAUUUGAGUGGGAACAACAGGCAGGUUUCCCAAGUUUUUUCGUUUAUUUUUCAUCAGAAAUAUUCCUUGAAUAUCAGCAGGCAUUGAAUAGGGACUGUUCCCUUACAGAUAAAUAAAUGGGUUUUUGAGAGGGAAAUUAAUCAAACUUCUAGCAUGUUAAUACUUUCAAGGAUAAUUUUUGGGGAAAAAUCACUAGAAAUAAAUGAGUUUCUUAAGUACAACAGAGUGAGUAAAGGCCAUCUGAAUUAAAAUCUCACUUUCUGCCUUGUAUUUAGUCUGAUGAGCAAGAAUUUUGCUCUUUGGAGCUGUAAUUUCUUUAAAAUCCAUCAGCAAGAGACGUGCCAUUUUCUAGAAACUUACUCCCACUCGGACAGGGUUUAACAGAUUGCACCUGCACUAAAUGAGGCACCGAGGCAUCCACCCAGCAUCUCCCGGGAGAUUCUUGUUCCUUGGAGUUGUAAUACAAUAACAAAUCAUGUUUGCUGAGCCUCCCUGUAGAAAAAGCUCUUCACAGACAGCAACAAUUAAAGAGGCAUUUCACCGUGAGCUCGGGGUUUAGAAUUUCCACAAAGUAACCCGAGGUUUUGAGCUGUUUUGUUAUUUUUUCUUUUUAAUCUAUUCUGUCUUAGUGAACUUUGUUUCAGUGUAAUUGAACUGUGCAAACAUUAAACCCCAUUCAGUCAUUAUUACUUUCUUCUAUUGGCAACUGCAUUAGAGAUAAGGAAUUACAUCAGUAGCUCCUGAAGAAAGGGAACAUUAACCCGUUUUGGAGAUCAAUUCUUGCUUCCUAAAUCUUGCCCUAUCCAACCACAGCAGUGUUAAGGAGGAAGUUUGGGAAGCAGUGAACAGCAUUUACUGUGUUCUGCUGUUGGAUUCACAGAAUCCCAGAAUUGUUGGGGUUGGCAGGAUCUCUGGAGAUCAUCCAGUCCAAGCCCAAAUGCAGUUCAUAUAUUCCAUAUGCAACCCAGGAGAGCUGUCUAACCAGGCAGCUUUCUUUGCUGGUAUUGUUUUCAGUUAAAGACUCAAUUAAAGUUGCCUUUUCUCCCUUUAUUUUACCAUAUAAUUACACACCAUUUACAUUUUACAUGCCAUUUACAUUUAAAUGAAAAUAUGUGGGGGUGAGGGUCUUACAUCAGCUCCUUGCCCUGGCCAUGCCCUUACAUUUAAACACACUUGAAGAGGUGGAGAGACACAGACUGGGAUGUAACCACUUUCCAGACAUGGUUUAACAUCCAUGGAAUAAUUUCUGUCCUCAACUUCUAUGGAGUGAUUUCUGUCCUCAACAUCCAUGGAGGGAUUUCUGCCUUCAGCAUCCAUGGAGGGAUUUCUGUCCUCAACAUCCACAGAAUAAUUUCUGUCCUCAACAUCCAUGGAAUAAUUCCUGUCCUCAACAUCCAUGGAGUGAUUUCUGUCCUCAACAUCCAUGGAAUAAUUCCUGUCCUCAACAUCCAUGGAGUGAUUUCUGUCCUCAACAUCCAUGGAAUAAUUCCUGUCCUUGUUCUCAGGAGAUGCUGGGGGGCUCUGUGACCUGUGAGCAGAGCUCUGUGACCUGCCACAGAGGAACGGUGCUGGCAGAGCCUGAAGGAAUCCAGGAUCACAGCACUCCCCAGAGUGCUCCUGUCCCCUCUGCCUAUGGAUACUGCCAAGGACACAGCUCCUCUCCAAUAGCCACCUUUCUGGAAAUAAAAAUCCUCAAACAACAUGUUUACAUCCAGGAGUGCAAACCGUGACUGACCUUCCAAGGCCUGGACAUCCACUGCGAUUCUCAGUCAAAAAAGAUGUCCAACAACACAACAGAGAGCUGCAGCAACGCUCCCUCACCUCUCCUAGGCCUGUUCCUGGGAAGCAUUUCCCUGAUCACCGUUGUCAUGAACAUUCUGGUGCUGUGUGCUGUGAAAACGGAGAAGAAGCUGCAGACGGUGGGUAAUUUAUACAUCGUGAGCCUCUCCGUGGCGGAUCUGAUGGUGGGGGCGGCCGUGAUGCCCCUGCACAUCGUGUACCUGCUGAGCCGCAGGUGGCCCCUGGGGCUGGAGGCCUGUUUGUUCUGGCUCUCCAUGGAUUACGUGGCCAGCACGGCCUCCAUUUUCAACCUGUUCAUCCUGUGCGUGGACCGGUACCGCUCGGUGCAGCGGCCGCUCCAGUACCUCAGGUACCGCACCAAGGUGAGAGCCUCGCUCCUCAUCCUGGGGGCCUGGCUGCUCUCCUGCACCUGGCUCAUCCCCAUCCUGGGCUGGCACGUCUUCGCCAACCGCGGCCAAAGGAACGUCAGGGAAGACGAGUGUGAGACCGAGUUCUUCCAAGUCACCUGGUUUAAAGUGCUGGCGGCCAUUCUCAACUUCUACCUGCCCUCCCUGCUGAUGGUGUGGUUCUACUGCAGGAUCUUCAGCACCGUUCGAAAACACUGCCAGCACCGAGAGCGCACCGAUGGAUCCUACUGCUCUUCCAAGGAAAAAAGCACCGUGCAGCAGGCUAAGACGAGGGAUGAGAAAAACAUCUGCCUCCAGAAGCAAAUCUUAGGUGAGAACACCCCUGGCACAGACAAGCAAAGCUCCCCAGAGCCUCAAAAAGCGGAGGCAGAGCUUCAUUUCAGCACUCCCGGUGAGGCUUCGGAGGCGCUGAGUAAUGGGAAGGUCCUGAAGUGUUUCCCUCUCUCCACAGCCGAGCCUGAGCCUGGCUUGGACAGAGCAGGGAAGAAGGGGGUGUGUGCCACGAGAAAACCUGGGAAUAAGGAGCAGCCUGGCUGCCAGGACAGCGACUCCAGCGUGGCAUCAGACAAGCACACCUUCACUGAGGUGGCCCCCCGUGCAGAGCAGCCCAGUCCCGGCCCUGCAGGAGCCCGCUCUCCUCAGGGAAGGACAGAGCACAGGGAUUCCAGGGGACUGGCGUUCCUGAGGAAAACCUGGCACACCCUGCACAGCCGCUCCAGGAGCACCCACCAGCACGGGAACAGGGAGAGGAAGGCAGCCAAGCAGCUGGGGGUCAUCAUGGCAGCCUUCAUGCUCUGCUGGAUCCCCUACUUUGUGUUGUUCAUGGUGAUAACGUUAAACAAGGAGCACAGCAACCAUCCACAGCUCUCAGAACUGCACAGGGUCACCAUAUGGCUCGGCUACGUCAACUCCACCUUAAACCCAUUCCUCUAUCCUCUCUGUAACCAGAACUUCAAGAAGACUUUUAAAAAGCUCCUUCACAUUCAUUGAUGCUGGAGUUUUGGAGCUCAGGCGCAGCUCAGGAGUUCAUCCAAACCAAAUGUUCCAGUUUCAAAGGAUGAGUUCAGUAAAAGACUUUGGUGAA